AUGGCCCUCGAGCUUCACAUGCUCGGCCGUCGCUGCCGGGGUCGGGGGGCGCUGGCUCUGUUUCCGUUGCUGCACAUCAACGGUGCUCUGCCGAGCACCCCCGUGCGCCUGUGGCCCCCGGAGAAGAGCUUCCGGGUCGUGGAUCAGGCCGAAUGGGUCUUGGAGGCUUCCCAGGCCGCCCCCGUCCGAUCCAGCCUGCUGUCCACUGGCCGUCGCUUCCCAGUGGCCCCACAGGGCCCGCGGCUGGGGGUGGCCAUGCAGCCCUGCCCCGAGGAGCGGUACUGGGACCCGCUGCUGAACGCCUGUGUCUCCUGCAAAACCACCUGCAGCAAUCAGAGUCCACGCACCUGUGCAGCCUUCUGCAAGUCACUCAGCUGCCGCAAAGAGCAAGGCAGGUACUAUGACCAGCUCCUGGGGGACUGUAUCAGCUGUGCCUCCAUCUGUGGACGUCACCCCAAGCAAUGCACACACUUCUGUGAGAACAAGUUCAGGAGUCAAGUGAACCUCCCACCAGAAGUCAGGAGACAGCAGACCGGAGAGGCCUUGACCUGGGCAGACAACCUAGGGAGGUACCAGGGAUCAGAGCACAGAGGCUCGGAUGUGGGUCCAGCCCCCCCAGGGCUAAAGCUGAGCGCCGACCAGCUGGCCCUGGUCUACAGCACGCUGGGGCUCUGCCUCUGCGCCAUCAUCUGCUGCUUCCUGCUGGCCGCGGCCUGCUUCCUCAAGAGGAGGGGGGACCACGUCUCCUGCCAGCCCCCCCCCGGGCCAUGUCGGACGCAGGCCACGUCCUCCAAGGCAGAUCACUGGAUGGAAGCGGGCAGGGCUGCAGGGGCGACGCCCGAGCCGACGGAGACGUGCAGCUUCUGCUUCGCGGAGCGCAGGGCGCCCGAGCGUGCCGGGAGGUGGGCGCGCCACGGCCAGAGCGCAGCCGGACGGCCCUGCGCCCGCGCCCCGAACGGCGGCCUCUGCGGCAUUGAGGUCGUGUGCACGCCCGCCCAAGAAGGAGGCCUGGCCACGUGA